AUGGCUGAGCUCUCGAGCGCGUUCGCGACGUUUGCGUCGAUGAUGACGCGCGCGACGGUCUCGGAGACGGCGAUCGAGGUCGCGAGCGAGGCGGUGGUGGACGGCUUGGCGCGCGGCGGAGACGCGUCGAGGCGGGACGUCGACGCGGCGUGUAGGGCGAUCGAGCGCGCGAUGAUCGAACGCGGACGACGAGGGCGAGUGGUUUUGGCCGCGUUCGAUGUGUUUAAAGCGAUCGGGGCGACGCGGGGGCGGUGCGAGGGAUUGGAUCGCGUCGCGAGUACCGUGGCGGAGCGCGGGUGCGAGAAGUUUGAUGGAGACGCGGACUCACACGUCUCUCGCGCGCUCGAGGCGCUGCGGUUCUACGUCUUGGAUGGACGCGACGGUUAUCGGAGCGAUGGGGGGUCGAUGGUAGGGGUGUCGGGGCGCGAUGAGGCUCCGGUGGUGGCGGCGAUUGCACCAGCGUUGCGCUUUGCGAGAAAGCUACUCGACUCCGAGACGUCGAGGGAGGAGUCGAUGCAGGCGGCGCUCUUUCUCGCUGCGGUGUGCGUCGUGCACGGGCACAUCAAUGGAAUUGACGACGAAUGGCGUGUAAAGGCGCGCGAGGUGCUCGAUUCGUCCUCAAUAUCGAUUGGAACGCUCGUUGGACCAAGGGCAAAGUACUUGGAGCGCGCUGUGGCAACAGAUAAAGCGAGGCGCAUACUGAGAACCUUCGCUCACGUCACGGCACCGGUUCUACCGAACCCAUCGAUCACAUGUCGCGACGAAAGUAUCGAGCAUUCGAACUCGAUGGACGCCGCUCCAUCUUCUCUGCAACACGUCGAUGUUUUGUUUGACAAUCCCAUCACGCCGUUGCGUGGAAAAUUGAAACCGAGCUUUGAGUCACAGUCCCCUAAAAGUCACGAUAUGUCGAAACAAGACAUGGAUGUUUCUUUUGCGGUGAGACAGUACUUCAAGUGCGCUCUGGAGGAUACGAUCGCUCCUGAAACACCCGUGAGCGAACUAUUCUCGUAUCAAAUUGAUGUCAUGUGCGCCUACGCAACAGAUUUCUGCGCAACGCUGUCGGCGAUGACUAAGUGGGUCCGCGCGUGUCGAAAGACGCUUCGAAGAGGAAUGCUUCUGAAACAAUACGCGGUGAACAAUCGAUGGAUGGAGCACGAUCUUCGAACGACGUUGGAUGCGAACGUGUCAGCCUUGACAAGCUUGACGCGUUUAGUGAAGAUGGUGGGCGUGAGAGAGAUUUUGCUAGCGAAUAAGUCUGUGCCGUUCAUUACAGUGGGGAACGUAGAGUCGUGGAUGCGCGUCGGAUUUUCUUUGGUAAAAGUUGCCGCACGAAAGCAGCAAAGUCUCGCCGCGUUUGCCGUCGUUAUCUUCGCGUCACACGAACCAAAUGCACAGCACUUCGGGACCGCAACGUCAGGGAGAGUCCUGCCUCUUCGCUUAGCGUUUCUCGUCUGGUCACGGAUGGUUAAUGUGCGUAGGGCAAAUGCAAAAGAGCAACUAUUCGCGUUGGUGCACUACGAGGUUCAGUUGAUGCGUAAGGCGUUCAAAGCUCUUUGUGAGUUUGCUCCGUAUCAUCGUCAGCUCACGCAGGAGCUCGUCCGAACUCUAGGCCUGAGGUGGCGCAAAAACGCGCACGAGGCUCGCCGCCUGGCGGACGAGCCAUUCGGUAAGACGUUCGACGAGCAUGUCAUGGGACCGUCGACGUCCACUCUUUCACAAGGGUCGACACCUUCGCACACCCGUCAGAGCUCCAUCUCUUGGUCGCCUCUAAACGAUCACGUCAUACAAAAUUCAAUGGGCAAGAGUCGUUCGUUCAAGACUCGAAGCGUAAAAAGCAGGAGUUCACACGUUUCGUUCGAUGACGCAGUGGACGUGAUACCCGUCGCGGCGAUUGAGUUCACGCAAGAGCAGUCAACUUUACAUGAAGUGUUUCAAGCUUGGAUUGAUUUUACUCUCGAGCAGCGCUUCACGGGGCCGAGUCUGGUGGCGAUAAAUCACAGGAACGAUGUACUGAUGAGGAAGAGCUUCGUGGCACUCCGUAGAUAUGUCGUACGAAGCGUUGGCGUGCGCGAGAAGGCCGUCAUCGUGGAAAGUGCCGUGCGAAAACUCGAAUUUAUGCUUGUGUGCGGUGCCGCUUUCCGAAAGUGGGUCACAGGUGUGAGGUACAUAAAGAGACUUUACGCAUUCGUCGAUGGAGAAGUCGAGCGCUGGCGUACCGAACUUCGUAUUAGCUGCUUUUGCGCGUGGCGCGAUAUCGCCGCAUCUGGCGCGCACAAGAUGCUUUGGGAGGAGCAUAUGCUGGCGGACGUGGUGCCGAAGCUGGACAUGGUUCGUCGAAAAAUUUGGUUGCGAAUGUGGAUUUCCGCAACGCACAAGUCGCUUGAAGAGCGCUUGGAUGACGCAAGGGCCCAUGCGAGAUCUUACAUGUGUAAGACCGUUCUUUAUGCGUGGAAAUCGCGCGUAGGUGAGCUCGUUGUCAAGCGUCUAGUCGAAGACGUAGAGAGGCGCUUGAGUGCGCUUUAG